CUUCUGCCGACCUGCUCGGGAAGAGUGGGUUACAAAGAGUGGCCUUCGAAGAUCUCAGCAAACAGUCAAUUCAGUUGGAGACUAAUGCUGAGCAGGGCACUCACGGGGCAUCGAUGCGCACGAGGAUGUUGUGAGUGUGGGCCAGUAGCGGACCCACCGAGCGCGCGGUCCGUUUCGGUGGAGGGAAAGCUGACGGAGACGGUGGUUCGCGGGUCACUUCCGAGUGGCAAACAGAGGGGUUCCCAGUCGUAUAUCUACGGGGAUGAAGGCCAUCGACACCGCUCAAGCAUAGACAGAACCGCACCUUCGACGAGCAGCUAUGUCUUCAUCCGACGCGUUACAGGCCAAGGGUCUUUCUUGGUUCAAAGACUUCUUCGCCACCGCGGAUACGCUGGAUACGCGCAAGUGGCUUGAUACGUUCUGGCUACCGGACGCGACCGUCCAGUUCUCGAACGCACCGGACUUGGGCGGCCGUGAAGUCAUCUUCUCGGCGAUGGACCCGACCUUCGCUCGUCUCGGAUACAUGCACCACGUCAUCCACUGGACCGAGGUCGCGCGCGACAAGAUCAUGGUGAAGGCAACAAUCACGUACCGCGCGAAGGACGAUCCCAAGCACGAAGAUUUUGUCAUCCCGGGAUUCGCGGUCGCGUACUUCCCUGACGAAGUGAAGGUCGACUCGACGGAUAACCGAAUCAAGCGUCUGGAGGUAUACAUCAACCGUACGCCCCUUGAGGAGCGCAUGGCUGCGUUACAAAAGUGAAAGACAUGAUAGAGGAGACAAAAUCGUUGUUUAUGUACUGGUCGACAGAAACGAGUUGGCUACAUACCAAGAGUCGCGUGCAUAGCGUCGCUGGACAGAGACAGACAGAGCAAGUCAUCGGCGUCGUAUCAAUCUUGGAGUGCGUGUCCGACAAGACUGAGCAUGUACGAGGUGAGAGGACAAUAGCCUCCUCGAGCGUGUCACUUCGCAUAGCUCAGCCGCGUGCCCACAUCGGAGAUAAAGCAAGUCGUAAGCAAGUAAUCCAGAGGUUUCAGAGCCACAGAUGAUGCUGAAUCUGGC